AUGUCAUCCUAUUCAGUUUUCUUGUUAAUUUUUACGACAUUGUUUCUUGUUUGUAAUGACGUUGUUGUAGCUGUUGACUGUAAUAGUAAUAUCCCGGCUAUUAACAUCACUGUUGCUUUACCGGUUGGAGCUGCAAAUUUUACCAGCAUUCAAGGCGCGAUCAAUCACGUUCCAGAAAACAAUAAUCAAUGGUUUCGAAUACUUGUCAAGGCCGGCGACUAUAGUGAGCAAGUGGAAGUUGAUAGGCCAUGUAUCAUCCUAGAAGGUGAUGCCGAUGGAGGUACUACCAUUGAAUUCAAUGCUCAUGAUACACCUUUGGACAGUCCGACAUUCUACUUGACACAGAAAGCCGAGAAUUUUGUCGCAAAGCGUAUAAAUUUCAAGAACACAUUCAAUUAUGCAAAAUACCGACUUGAUGGCUAUAAUAGAACGAUGAACGGCAAAGGGGGUAUGAAUGACCCUGAAAUAAAACCGGCUGUUGCAGCUUUGGUAAUGGGAGAUAAAGCUUCGUUCUACUGUUGCAAUUUCUAUGGAGUGCAAGAUACACUUUGGGAUCAGCAAGGCCGCCAUUUUUACCAAAAUUAUCGUAUUGAGGGUCUAUGCGAUUUCAUUUGGGGCAAUGCACAAUGUUAUUACGAAAACUGCGACUUGGUAUCACAAGGAGCUGGCUACAUAACAGCACAGGGUAGGGAUACAGAAGAUGAGACAACCGGGUUCGUGUUCUAUGGAGGAACAGUGUCGGGGAUCGGUCCAACAUACCUUGGAAGAGCUUAUAGAAGUCAUUCGCGUGUCAUAUUUCAUAAUACAACCUUUGACCAUAUUAUCCAUCCAUCAGGAUGGGACGCUGGGAAUUAUAAAGGUCACGGAGCAAACUUUACGUACGCUGAAAUAGAUUGUGACGCGGGGUUAAACGAGACGGGUAAAGGAAUGGAAAAGACCCUUGCCGAUACAGAUAUCCCAAACUUCACCACUUACUCUUUCAUCAAUGACCCAGAACAAUGGAUGAACAAUCAACCCCAUUAG